AUGGAUAUUAUAUCGAUUUUGUUUGAUUUAUUUACCUACGGAGUAUUUACAACUCUAGUUGGUUUCGUUGUUCUAGUGAUAAUAUUAAUGAUUUUUACAAAACCAUAUCCGAUAGUGGACAGAUUUAAAGAAGAAGAAACAUUUUAUGACCCUACAACCAAAUCUCGUCAAAUGUUUUAUCAACUAGAUCAACCGAGUCAAGUUCAUUUAAGUGUUAUAGUUCCUGCUUAUAAUGAAGAAGAACGAUUACCUCCAAUGCUUGAUGAAGCCAUUGAAUUUUUAGAAGACAGAAGCCAAAAGCAAUCUUUUAAGUAUGAAAUAAUAGUUGUUAGUGAUGGCAGCAGUGAUAGAACAGUUAGUGUAGCUGAAAAGUAUGUUGAAAAAUAUGGCUCUAAUAAAAUUAGAUGUUUGCAAUUAGUAAAAAAUCGAGGUAAAGGGGGUGCUGUUAAAUUGGGCAUACUAAGCUGCAGAGGUGCUUCAAUAUUGUUUGCCGAUGCAGAUGGAGCAUCUAAGUUUGAGGAUUUAGAAAAACUUGAGAUCGCUCUGAUGGAACUUAUAAAGUGUCAAAGCCAACAAUUACAAGAAAUCAGCAAUGGUAGUGCUAUUGUAAUAGGAUCCAGAGCACAUUUGGAGGAAGAGUCUUUAGCUAAAAGAAGCUUCUUUAGAAAUAUUUUAAUGUACGGGUUUCACUUCUUAGUGUGGCUAUUUACUGUCAAAGGUAUAAGAGAUACGCAAUGUGGAUUUAAACUGUUUACAAGAAAUACAGCAAGGAUUUGCUUUGAAAAUCUACAUGUUAAUAGAUGGGCCUUUGAUGUAGAACUACUUUACAUAGCACAAAAAUUAAACAUUCCAAUCACAGAAAUUUCAGUACGGUGGACUGAAAUAGAAGGGUCUAAAGUAACACCUGUGUUAUCUUGGAUUCAAAUGGGCUGCGACUUGGGCCUCAUUUGGCUUAAAUACAAAAUUGGAGCAUGGAGGUUAAAGCGUAAUAAUUAA